UUCUCUUCAUCUCUUACUCAGACACUACACGUUUAGUUCUCGAGUCGCGUGCGUAGAAUAUUAUCCGCGGUAUCGUAGUAGGCUUCUGACAAGCCUCAACUCCGGUACGAUCUCUCAAGUAAAAAGUCGCUCUUUAGAUUGUGUCGGUACUCAGCCUCAACCCGGGGUUCCCUCGAUCACUCAACAGCUUAAUUACAUAAACAUUCAUUUAUAACUUUAUCUAAUACUUCAUUAGUCUGAUUCGCAGUAAAUUACACUGCUCUCAUUACCUGACAUUAGUUGACAGUGGAUUUUUAAAAAUUUAAGUGACUUGUCAUUGCCAGACUAUCGUGCAAUAGGAACUCCCGAUCCUGAUAUUGGUCUUGGUCCUGGUCCUGAUAGUGAAUUACGUUUCUAAAAUUGUCAACUCGAGAGGGACGCUGCACUAUGGUACCGAUGAAGGAGGAAGUUUUUACGAAUUCGAGGAUCGGCAGCCCGUCAUCGAUCGCUUGGCUUUACUUAUUAGCUGAAUUUUUUAUCGGCGUGUUGCUGUCGACGAUGUUGACUUUUUUAGGAGUUAUUAAAUCCAUUUUACCAAAGCCGCCGAGGGACUUGACGGGGGACGUUGUCUUGGUAACAGGUGCGAGCUCACCAUUGGGCAGAUGUUUAGCCAGGGAAUUUAUCCGCGUCGGCUGUACAAUUGUCUGCGUCGACCAUGACCUCGAGCUGGUGAGAAAGACCGCGUGCGAGUUGGCGGAUAAUUAUUCUGAUUCGGCGAUACAAAGUCUCAGUCCGGAUCACAGGAAACAGGAUGACUCGGAGUUUAAGGCCAGGGUCUUUGCAUACCAGUGCGAUCUCUGGGACCGCAAGUCCAUUCGAAAACUCGCUCAGAAAGUUAACGACGAAAUAGGACCACUUGACAUACUUGUCACGUGCGCCGGCGAGUCUAAUCAAAACAUCCUCGACACUGUCAGCAACACACUCAUGAGCCAUUACUGGACCGUUCUUGCCUUCCUCCCGAUGAUGUACCGGCAACCAAAAGCUCACAUAGUCGGAGUGACGCCUACUGCUUCAACCGACGACGCUUAUUUAGGCACCAGAGCUGCAAUUGCCGGUCUAAUGGAAAGUUUGGGCCACGAAUUCGGGAGUAGAUGCGGUAAUUUAAAUUUCAUGACCGUCGCUCCAAAGGCCGACCCAAGGUUAAUGAGGCAGAGCGAGGAGAAGGUUGCCUAUGACGUGGUCCAGGCAGUGCGUCGAGAUCAAUGCUGUCUAUCUGCUUCGUGGUGGUCAACGGUGCUCUAUCGUGUUAGUUGUGCAAUUCAUAAAAUAAUAACAAUUGUCACGCGAUGGAUUUAUACGCACGGAUGUGACGACCUUUAAAAUAAUAAAUAUAAUAAUUAUUUAAAUAAAAUAUAUAUAUUUUAAUUUAUGUAAAUAUAAUAACAUUAUUUUUGUAUAAUAAAUAAUUUAGAUAAAAUGUGAGUUGUAAGAGAAAUAAUUAAAAUAUUUUUUUUAUAAAUAAUAGACAUUGAUAAAUUUAUAUAAUAAAAAUAACGGACGAGUAGAAGUAUAAAUAAAAUUUAUUUGAUUAUUUUUUUGUCAAGGAUCGAGGAACAGAACGUCAUAGUGCCCGCUGUCGGAGCGUCCGAUGAAAAGGAGGCGGGCGGUCCCGCGACUGGGGUAGACCCGGUUGUAAAAAACCCGCUUGACAUCUACUUCGUUAACCCGACGAUAAAUAGACAAGUCGAGGCCGUAGAUUUUGGUGGCAACGAUGCACUCAAGCUCGCUGGCAAAAACACCCUCGUGUUUCAUGUACUCAAGAUAGUCCUCGGCGCGGCUUAUUCCCCACUCGGCCAAAACGUACGGGGCGUAAUCUCGCCAGUGAUCCAUGAUGUGAUGGACAACUAGAGUCCUUAGUGAGCGAUGCUCUUCCUCGGUUUCCCAAAGGAUUAAACUUAUUGCGCGGAACAUGCAGUUCCCAUCCCCGUAUAUUUUAUGGACGGUGAACGUGCCUUCCGGUGACCUUAGACGAUCCGUACCUACGAUUAUUAUUAUUAUCAC